CGAAUAAAAAUUAAACGUGAUUCCUCGCUGGCACACCAGACUCAAUACAGUGCAGCGCCCAACCAGGUUCUGCGACAAAAAGGCACCUCUCCGCUCAACGCCAGAUCAAGUCUAGGCCAUCGGCACAACGCUCAAAACAGCAUCUCCACCAUAUUGCCUUUUUUGUAUCUCGUCAUACCUUGACGGCAAAAAUGGCCGACAUUACGGAUCAGCACGACCAAACGUCGCCAACUGAGCUCGACGAUGCGCAUUCAGUCGGCAAUGGCAAUUCACUUGCUGGCGAGAGUCGCGGCAUCAAGCGCGCACGCCCUAGUGCAGCGGACGACGACGAUGACGACGACGAAAAGGGCGGUCGUGAGCGUCGGAAGAUCGAGAUCAAGUUUAUUAGCGACAAGUCGCGUCGGCAUAUCACCUUCUCCAAGCGCAAGGCCGGUAUCAUGAAGAAGGCCUACGAGCUGUCAGUUUUGACAGGUACCCAAGUCUUGCUGCUUGUUGUUUCGGAAACGGGACUCGUGUAUACCUUCACCACACCGAAACUCCAGCCUCUGGUCACCAAGGCCGAGGGGAAGAACUUGAUUCAGGCGUGUCUGAAUGCUCCCGAGCCAGCCUCCGCAGAGAAUGGCGUCGACGACUCUAAUGCGGUCGACUCGCCGGAAGAGCCGACAAACCCGCACCUCCCUCCCCAACCCAGUCGGCCCGGCAUACCGCAGGGCCACAUGCCCCCCAACUACAUGCCCGCCGUUGGGCUUGACGCCCAGCAAGCGAUUGCCUACAAUAACUACGUGCAGCAGCAGCAGCGAGGCGGCCAAUACAUGCCCCAAGCGAGCUUGCAGCAACAUGCCGGCCAUCAGUCAUAACCAACGCAGCCAGCUUCUAUUGUAGCUUUAACCUUACGCGUCAAUACCCAGCAUUAAUGCAUUCGUGAAACAUUUUUUUCUCAGUCGACAUCUUUGGGAUGGUCCCAUCAUCUGC